GCUGCCGGCAAUCCAAGCACUGCCAGAACCCUCGGCAUCGUCACAUCUUCUGGACGCAGCAUCCACCCCACAGCCCAUCCACACAUCACUUGUUACAGGAGGAAUUGCAUGUACAGUACCAUACAGGAAGAAGGACAUCAACAACCAUCCAUCGCACAGACCAUUCCUCGAUCUAUUAAACGGCCAUUAUCACAAUCAACUCAACAAAUAUCAACAUGAUCCUCUCUUCGCUUGCCCGUACCGCCACACGCAGAGCCAUGAACGCUCCUUCGAUUGGAGCCGUUCGGUAUCUGAAUCUGCACGAAUAUCAAUCGGCUCAGAUCAUGAAGGAUGCCGGAGUCAAUGUUCCGUUUGGUAUUGCUGCUCAUACGGUGGAAGAAGCCGUGGCAGCUGCCAAGGAAAUUGGUGACGAAUCUGUAGUGAUCAAGUCUCAAAUUUUGGCAGGUGGCCGAGGCUUGGGUACAUUUACCAGUGGCCUUCAGGGUGGUGUGCACAUUAUCCCCACGUCGGACGUGGAAGACUACGCCUCCAAAAUGUUGGGUGGGACGUUGGUCACCAAACAAUCCGGUCCGGCUGGAAAACCCGUGAAUACCGUCUUGUUGGCCAAGAAAAUGGCACUGGCACGGGAAAUGUACUUUUCCAUUAUCAUGGACCGAGCCUCACAGGGCCCCUUGAUCAUUGCAUGUUCGGAGGGAGGAACAUCCAUUGAAGAUCUCGCCGUGUCGUCUCCGGAAAAAGUUAUCAAAGUACCAAUUGACGUCGUCAAGGGACCCACCGAUGAAGAUAUCAAUAAGGUUGUCGAUGGAUUAGAAGUUACCGGUGACAAGGCCGCCGCCGGAGAACAAAUUCGGGCCCUCUACAACCUCUUUGUCGAUCGAGACUGUACCAUGGUCGAAGUCAAUCCAUUGGCCGAGGAUACCGAAGGAAAUCUCAUUGCAGCCGACGCCAAGAUUGGAUUUGAUGAUAAUGCCGGUUUUAGACAAAAGGAUAUUUUUGAAAUGACGGAUCAUACUCAAGAAGAUCCACGAGAAGUUGCCGCUGGAAAAUGGGAUUUGAAUUAUAUUGGAUUGGAUGGGAAUAUUGGAUGCUUGGUCAAUGGUGCUGGGCUUGCCAUGUCCACCAUGGACAUUAUUUCCCUUCGAGGAGGUAGCCCCGCUAAUUUCCUCGACGUGGGAGGAUCUGCCAGCGUCGAUCAAAUCAAGGCUGCCUUUGAAAUCAUUACCGCCGAUGAACACGUCAAGGCCAUCUUGGUCAAUAUCUUUGGUGGAAUCAUGAAGUGCGAUACUAUUGCCUCGGGUAUCAUUGAAGCCUCUCGUUCUCUUGACAUGAAAGUUCCAGUCAUUGUCAGAUUGGAAGGAACCAAUGUUGAAGCGGGAAAGAAACUAUUGGAAGAAUCUGGACUCAAACUUAUCACAGCCGACGAUUUGGAUGAUGCCGCGGUGAAAGCUGUGGCAGCCAUCGCUUAAAAAAGCUGUAAUUCGAAGUGGCGGAAAGGAGUCAUCAAGUCACUGGGUGCAACAAAUUGUUUAAAAAGUGACUGACAUGUUGUUAUGUGGCCUUUAAAAUGCAAAGAAAAGGCUUGCCCAUUUGGUUUUUUUCUUAGGUUGUAGCACACUCGAUAGAUCUACGUAUGAGAAGAGUAGAUGGAGCGAAGUACCAGUUGCAACACAGCCAAUUCGUUAUGAUCAACAUGUACCGGUAGCAACCUGCCCUGGUUCGGACUGGAAUGGCCCGGCCCCCUCCCUCCUUCAUUAUUUGGCUUCCGAUUUUCCCCCACUUCGCAAAGCAUCUAGCUACCAGUAGCUAGGGAACCUAGGUACAGUACAUGUGCUGGUACCGGUACAGUAGGGCAUGGAAUACAUGUAAUUCGCAGUGGCUCCAGAAGAACUUUGGAGUUUCAUCACGGUCAUUUCGUCUCUUUGGAACUUCGCAACUCAAGUUCAGUCCCAGCUAGCUCCUUGCGGAGGGAUGAGGCUAAAGCAGAACUCCGCGGGAGUUGAUUUUCUUGCCCUUCUCGACCAUUGCAACCCACAAACCGUUCUUUAGUUUUAAAAUAGAACUGUCAUGACCA